AGGUCGGGACUCGUUAUACUAUGCGGGAUAUUUUGGGCGGGUGUGUGCCUGGAGCAGUCCGCUCCGCGGGGAGCCACAGCAAGGCUCUGUGUGACCUGGUCGGAGACACUGAGGGGGGCGGGACCUGUGGCCUGUCUGUGCCUUGGAAAAUAACAGUCCCCCCGUCGCAGGUGCUGGGUUUACACCUGUCUUCGAUGACCCGAUUUAACAGCACGUAUUCGACGUAAAUAUGAAUGAACCAAGGCACACCUCGGAGUGACACAGAGAGAAGAACCCGACCCGCAAAGGGACACCUCGGAGAUACUGGGAUAUAUCCAGAUCACGGCAAUAAAAGGAAUUGUACUUUUUGCUGCCAGAAGGUCUUGCCUUCGAUUCGUAAGAAAUGCCACACGUGUGAAGCACAAGGAAACGAGGUAACAGAUGCUGAGAGGAAAAUUCGAGUAACCCAGAAGGCAGCGUGAUGAAAGGUCCCCCGAAGCCGUGUGUGAUCACUGACUCCACUCAGUUCUGGAAAAUUCGGGAAAAUUGGAUUCGGACCAGGGAGCAGCUGACUUUAAGGAACAGUUAAGGCUCCGCGUUGGGAUUUUCAGUAUCCAAGUCGAGCUGGAUACUGAGAAUUACCCUCAUUUUUCAGAUUGAAUCCUAAUCCAAGGAUAUGUUUACUGAUUUGAGAGAGAGCAGAGGAAGGGAGAGACAGAGGGAGAGGAACAUUGUGGUGAAAGAGAAACACUCAUUGGUUGCCUCCCAUACCCCCCCCCCCACAGCCCCACGGGGGAGGGCGGGGGCAGAAUCCGAAAACUUUUGGUGCACAGGGUGACACUCCCACCAACUGAGCCACCCGGCCAGGACACCCUAACUUUCUACAGAACCGUAAACCCUCAUUGUUGGGGCAACAAUGUAGCGCGAUGCCUGUAGCUUCUUGGAUCACUCUGAGCUUUCUGCACUCCCUGCCUGAGGAAGAACCAGCAUGCGCAGAGCUGCAGGUCACCCACUCCAGGAGGACACGGACACGGCCCUCCAGCGGCUCGUGGAGCUGACAGCGGCCAGAGUGAUCACAGAGAGGAACCUGCGAGCCCAGUACCGCCUCAUCCGAAAGCUCGGCUCGGGCUCCUACGGCCGAGUUCUCCUUGCCCAGCCUCGCCAGGGGGGUCCGGCCGUGGCUCUGAAGCUCCUACGCCGGGACUCCGUCCUGAGAACCACUUUCCUGAGGGAGUUCUGUGUGGGCCGCUGCGUCUCCUCACACCCGGGCCUGCUCCAGACCCUGGCAGGGCCCCUGCAGACCCCCCGGCACUUCGCCUUUGCCCAGGAGUACGCGCCCUACGGGGAUCUCAGCGGGAUGCUGCAGGAGCGGGGUCUCCCAGAACGGCUGGUGAAGCGGGUGAUGGCCCAGCUAGCCGGAGCCCUGGACUUCCUCCACAGCCGGGGGCUGGUUCACGCGGACGUGAAGCCGGACAACGUGCUGGUCUUUGACCCCGACUGCAGCCGUGUGGCCCUAGGAGACCUAGGGCUGACCCGGCCAGAAGGCAGUCCCACCCCUCCCCCGCCAGGGCCACUGCCCUCUGCCCCACCUGAACUCUGUCUCCUCCUGCCCCCCGAUACACUGCCCCUCCGACCGUCCUUGGACUCCUGGGGUCUCGGGGUGCUGCUCUUCUGUGCCGCCACGGCCUGUUUCCCUUGGGACGUGGCUCUGGCCCCCGACCCCGAGUUCGAGGCCUUUGCUGGUUGGAUGACCACCAGGCCCCAGCCACCACAACCGCCACCCCCCUGGGACCAGUUCGCGCCCCCGGCCCUGGCCCUGCUCCAGGGGCUCCUGGACCUGGAUCCAGAGACCAGGAGCUCCCCACUGGCUGUCCUGAACUUCCUGGGGGAUGACUGGGGGCUGCAGGGGAACAGAGGGGCGCCUGGGGACUUGGGGAGUGUGUCCGGUGAGGAUGGGGAGGAGGAGGAGGGGGGAUCGAGCCUGGAGGAGUGGACAGAGGAGGAGGACGAGGGUGACCAGGGUGGCGGGAGGAUGGAGACAGAUGGGGGAACUCCCGGACCAGGUGACUGAGACAGGUGGCCAGAGCGCCAGCCAAACGCCCCUCCCCCAGCCUCCACUGCCACCUGGAUGGAGAGACAGCUGCUUGGGCGAGGACAGAGUGGGAAUACAUUGCAUCUCUCUCUCUCUCUCUCUCUCUGCUGGAGGCCAGACUUGGGUGCACCCUCCCCACUGGGGACCUGGGAGCCCAGGACCCUUGUCCCCUCCUCCCUCAGACCCAGGGGGUCCUGGCCCCCAGCCCCUCCUCCCUCAAGCACCCUCCCUUUUCCUUCGGUCGUGAAUGUGUCUGCUUGAACAAAGGCGCUGUCUCCCCUGUAGACGCAUUUCUGCGCUGUGGGGACGAGUGGAAUGUGGGAACGUCAGAGUUCUGACGAGGUCCCUCCUCACCUCUAAGACUUUGUAUGACUCCCACUGUGCGCAGCGCCAAAUCUGGGCUUGCAGGACCUGGCGCCGAGGAAACUUCAGCCUCCGCCCACCUGUCCCGAGUCCCUGGGCUCCGGAUGACCCUGGGGAAGCCCCGCAUCCUUUGUGGGCCCGAACCUGCACGCACACGCGUGAACGCAGACGCGCAGCUUCGCGGGUCCUCGGUUCCUCCCUCCGGGAGCGCCCUCCUGCGCCCUCUCUGGCCCCGCCGGGAACUGCACCCGAGCGCGGGUCGGGCCUCCCUGUUCUCCCGGCUCCUCUCGGGUGCUCCAGCCUGGCCUUGGUCUCCUGUCCCUAGAGGGGCCCCACGCCUGCUCGCACCCACAGAGCACGUGGUGGGUAGCCGCCCCGGCUCAGGGCCACCCUGGCUUGGAUGGAUCUCCAGACACCCGCAGCACCCAAAGGAGCAGCCCUGCCCCAUGCUAGGGACCCUGGCAGGAACUGUGCUUCCUCCUGCAAUGCUGUCCUACAUGCUUUUGCAAAAA